AACCAAUCUGCCGUUUGAACCACCAAACUUCGUCUCUUCGUCAGCGACAAUAUUCCACCGCCCAUGCCGGAAUGAUGAAGUCCGACGCCUCCGUAGAAGACGAAGUUUCGGGGUUUGAAACGCCUGAUCGUUUCCUUCCUGCCCUUUGUUUGUGCGUGUCACCGAACCACUUAACCAUAGUUAGUGUAAAGUGCGACAAAUAAACCAUGGGCUAUCAGCAAACCAUAGACCGGGUUCAUUCCAUCGCCAUGACAGGUCAGUCAGCUAAAGCUCAAGAUGAUAUGUAUAAGGAAGCGAAGAGCUCAUAUUUUGAUUUACCAGCACUGGAUGUGUCUGUUGCAUUUCCCCAAGCCACAUCGGCAUCUAUAUUUCCUCCCUGCACUUCAGACUAUUAUCACUUCAAUGAUCUAUUGACUCCUGAGGAGCAGGCCAUCAGAAUAAAAGUGAGAGAGUGUAUGGAAAAAGAAGUAGCUCCAAUAAUGACCAAGUACUGGGAAAAGGCGGAAUUUCCAUUUGAAAUCAUUCCAAAACUUGGUGCCCUGAGUAUUGCUGGUGGGACGAUCAAGGGUUAUGGGUGUCCAGGUCUCUCUAUUACUGCUAGUGCUAUUAUUGCAGCAGAAUGUGCUAGAGUUGAUGCCAGCUGCUCUACUUUCAUUUUGGUGCAUUCUUCUUUGGCAAUGCUUACUAUUGCACUGUGUGGAUCGGAAACACAAAAGCAGAAAUAUUUACCGUCAUUGGCCCAACUUAACACUGUAGCUUGCUGGGCUUUGACUGAGCCAGACUAUGGAAGCGAUGCAAGUGCUUUGAAAACCACAGCAAUUAAGGUCUCAGGAGGUUGGAUCCUUGAAGGUCAAAAGCGCUGGAUAGGAAACAGCACUUUUGCAGAUGUAUUGGUUAUUUUUGCUCGGAACACUUCCACAAACCAGAUAAAUGGGUUCAUAGUAAAGAAGGAUGCCCCUGGAUUGCAAGCUACUAAAAUAGAAAACAAAAUUGGCUUGCGGAUGGUUCAGAAUGGAGAUAUUCUUUUGAAGAAAGUUUUUGUCCCUGAUGAGGACAGAUUACCUGGUGUCAAUUCUUUUCAGGAUACAAACAAGGUCCUUGCUGUUUCACGGGUCAUGGUCGCCUGGCAACCAAUAGGAAUUUCAAUGGGUGUCUAUGAUAUGUGUCACAGAUACUUGAAAGAGAGGAAGCAGUUCGGAGCUCCAUUGGCAACUUUCCAAAUAAACCAACAGAAACUAGUUCAAAUGUUGGGUAAUGUUCAAGCAAUGAUUCUUGUUGGUUGGCGCCUUUGCAAGUUGUAUGAGAAGGAUAAAAUGACUCCUGGUCAUGCUAGCUUGGGGAAGUCAUGGAUUACCUUGAGGGCCAGGGAGACUGUUUCUCUUGGACGUGAAUUGCUUGGUGGCAAUGGAAUUUUGGCGGACUUUCUAGUCGCAAAGGCAUUCUGCGAUUUGGAACCAAUUUACACGUAUGAAGGCACCUAUGACAUCAACACAUUGGUUACAGGAAGGGAGAUUACUGGUGUUGCUAGUUUCAAGCCGGCUGCAUCCACCCAACGGAGCCGCCUGUAAUGCUGUUAACUCAAUUUCUUUGGGUUACUUGGGAGCUUUUUUGUUGUGAAUUAUGCCCCACAUUAGUUGGGAUAGCUGGUAUGUUACAGUUGUUGAAUCAAUAAUCAUGCUGAAUCCCGAAUAAAGGAUCGACAAAAAUGGAAGUGUUGUAACGCUAUUUAUCAUCCAUUAGUGAUGUUAUGUGCCACUAAGUUCAUCAACCCGACUCAAAUGGUUUGGAC